AUGACAAUGAACAAUACUAAUGACUUGUCAGAGAAGAAACCUUUCAGGAUCUUUAUAGGUUACGAUGCACGAGAAGAUCUUGCUUACAAAGUCUGUCAUCACUCAAUCACCAAAAGAUCUUCAAUACCUGUUGAGAUCAUACCAAUAGUUCAACAAGAUCUUAGAAAGAAAGGUUUGUAUUGGAGAGAAACAGGUCAGCUAGAGAGCACUGAGUUCUCUUUCUCUCGUUUCUUGACUCCUCAUUUAUCAGAUUACCAAGGUUGGGCUAUGUUCAUCGAUUGCGAUUUCCUCUACCUUGCUGAUAUUAAAGAACUCACUGAUUUGAUCAAUGAUGAAUAUGCAAUCAUGUGUGUUCAAAAUGAUUACACACCUAAGGAGACAAGUAAGAUGGAUGGCGCGGUUCAAACUGUUUACCCGAGGAAGAACUGGUCUUCUAUGGUUCUUUACAAUUGUGGACAUCCUAAGAACAAGACCUUGACACCUGAAGUUGUUAAUACUCAGACAGGUGCCUUUCUCCAUAGGUUCCAGUGGCUUGAGGAUGAAGAUAUUGGGUCUAUUCCUUUUGUUUGGAACUUUCUUGAAGGGCACAAUAGUGUUGUUGAGAAUGAUCCAACCACUCAGCCUAAGGCGGUUCAUUAUACUCGAGGAGGGCCUUGGUUUGAUGCUUGCAAGGAUUGCGAGUUUGCGGAUCUUUGGCUUAAUGAAUUGGAAGAGUACAACAAAGAGAACAAGAAAGAAGGCGAUAGCGCAAAUUAG